GUAGAACGUCCCUGCCUCUCUCCCGUCUCCGGGGGCAGCUCCGUGGGCGCCCUUCUCUGCCUCCACCCCGCCGAAUCCAUCCGACCCCUCGUCACCCGAGGCUCAGGGCUUGGCUCAAGGGGCUCCGCAGGGCUUUUCUCACCCCUCUGAGCACCAGGAAAUCCUCCGUGUCCUCCAUCCCUGCCACGUCUGAGCGGUGGGAAUGUGCUGGGAGAAGCUGUUUGCUCCUGCUCUGGGUGUCCAGGAGUUUAUCCCUCGGAGUUAUAUGCUCAGCCAUGCUUCUGGCAUGAGCCAGAGGGAAAAAAAUGUGAAAUAUCCAUGAAAAUAUAAUCAAAUAUCCAUAUAAAAGCACGGAGAACAGCCUAGAGAAGCAGUGGCUUUCUCUGGAAUCAGCCAACUUCUACAAAUCAUUUUAAUAUCUGGUUUUUUUCCCCCCUACCUGAUUUCCCAGCCCAAUGUUCCCACAAGGGUUCUGGCUUCCAUGAGGUUUCCUGGUGCUCUGAUGGGACCGACAGAAAUAUCGCAAAUUAAUUGUGUUGUAAUUGCGCAAUUCUGGGGCUGAGCAAAUCCACCUGGAUUGGAAACCUUUGGAACGUGGUCCAGGUGCCUCCUCAGAGGAUGAGCUGGAUUUGGCACAUCCAACCUUCAAAUUCCAGCGGGUUUUUCCCCCUGGCGUUGCCCGCUUGCUGCUGGGCAGCGAACGCUUCAUCCGUGCUGGCAGUGGGAUGUUUUUCCAAGCUUUUUCAGCUCCAGAACUGCAACUUUUAUUUGCUGGAUAUAAAAAACAAGCGCCUCUAAUUCCUGAUCUGGCAGGAGUUGAGCUGCCAGAGGUACUCUCCAGCCCUGCCGGCACGUGGAGCUGCAGGACGGGGCUGGAUUGUACGAGGUGCUCGGGGGAUCCGGGCGCUCCGUGGCUUGGGAAUGACCCACGGAGCAGAGCUGGGGGCUGGCUGGGCCACAACCUGCCCACCAAAACCCAGCCGAGCUUGCCAAGCUCUCCCAAAGCCGCUGAGUGCCGGGCUCGCCCUUUGGAGGCGGCGCUGGAUGAACAAGAAUCACUAAUGAAUGUCCUCUUCUCUCCCUCCUCUUCUCUCUGUCCUGUCGCUGUGGAUUCCUUCCCCGCCCAUCCCCACGCUGAUCUCGUCCCUUCUCCCGUGUCUCCCGUGGCUCCCGGGGUGGGUUUGGCUCUGCCAGUGUGGGGUUACGGUUUCCUCUGCGUCUCCGUCAUCUCCCUGUGCUCGCUGGUGGGAGCCAGCGUGGUGCCCUUCAUGAAGAAGACCUUUUACAAGCGGCUGCUCCUCUACUUCAUAGCUCUGGCGAUUGGAACUCUCUACUCCAACGCCCUCUUCCAGCUCAUUCCCGAGGCGUUUGGAUUCAACCCUCAGGAAGAUUAUUACGUCUCCAAAUCCGCUGUGGUGUUCGGGGGCUUCUACCUCUUCUUCUUCACGGAGAAGAUCCUGAAGAUGCUCCUGAAGCAGAAGGACCAGCACCACCACGGGCACAGCCACUACGGCCCCGAGGCUCUGCCCUCCAAGAAGGACCAGGAGGAGGGGGUCACGGAGAAGCUGCAGAACGGGGACCUGGACCACAUGAUCCCACACAUCACCAGCGAGCUGGAGUGCAAGCCCCCCUCCGGGGAGGAGAAGGCCGUGGUGGGCUCCCUCUCUGUCCAGGACCUGCAGGCCUCGCAGAGCGCGUGCUACUGGCUGAAGGAGGUGAGGUACUCGGACAUCGGGACGCUGGCCUGGAUGAUCACGCUCAGCGACGGGCUGCACAACUUCAUCGACGGCCUGGCCAUCGGCGCCUCCUUCACCGUCUCCGUCUUCCAAGGGAUCAGCACCUCCGUGGCCAUCCUCUGCGAGGAAUUCCCUCAUGAGCUGGGGGACUUUGUGAUCCUGCUGAAUGCUGGGAUGACCAUUCGCCAGGCGCUCUUCUUCAACUUCAUCUCCGCCUGCUGCUGCUACGUGGGCCUGGCCUUCGGCAUCGUGGCCGGCAGCCACUUCUCUGCCAACUGGAUCUUCGCCCUGGCUGGAGGGAUGUUCCUGUACAUAGCCCUGGCUGACAUGUUCCCGGAGAUGAACGAGGUGAGCCGGGAGGAUGAGCAGAACGGCAGCGCGCUGAUCACCUUCGCCAUCCAGAACGCCGGGCUGCUCACGGGCUUCACCAUCAUGGUGCUGCUCACCAUGUACUCGGGGCAGAUCCAGAUAGGGUAGGACCAGCCCGAGCUGCAGCCCUGAUCCAAUUUUUCAAUUUUUUUUUUUUUGGGGGGGGAGGGAAGGGUUUUUUCUUUUUUUGGUUUUUUUUUUCUUUCCUUUUCCUGCUGCAAACAUACGACGGUACCUGUGCAGGCACUGACGUCACACUACAGGAGAGACACUGCUUUGAAAGCUAUUCCAUGGAUUUUUUUUUUUCCUGGUUUUAAGGCUGAGGGGAGUGGAAUUCCCCUUCCCAUAGGACUGACCUGACUUUAUCCAGUGUCACAUCCCUUCUCUCCUCGCCUCUCCCAGGAAGGAUGGAAUGGGGAGACAGGAGCUGCUGCAGCCGUGCUGCUCCUCUGGCUGUGCUUGGAGCAUUCCCCUGGGCCGUGAGGCUGUCCUGACCCCUCUGGGGGUGUGUGAUGGGGACAGACAGGGACAGACCCUUCCCCACAGCCAGAACUCUCCGAGGAUGAGGAGGUUCACGAUGCCACCAUCAUCAGACCGCUUUUGCUCCGUUCAGCCCGGACAAUGCCCUGGCGAGAGCAGGGUGAAGAGGGCAGCAGGGGUUUUAAAGCACAUUUUGGGUGUCAGUGCUCAGAGCAGAGGACACCAAACUGGGUUGGAGUGGCACUUGGGCUGCUGGAAAAGCCUGCCAGGAUGCCCUGACCCCUCUUCAGCCCGUGCUGCUGGAAUCAGGAGUGAGCCCCAGCUCCUCCUCCUCCUCCUCCGUGAGGGCUGCUCAGAAGGGGAUGAGAGCAGAGCCCUGCCCAGGGAUUUCUCCUCAGGCUGUGUCCAAGCUCACGGUGACACCCAGGAUCAGCCACCGGUUUUUCAACAGUGCUAAGGUUCAGGGUGGGGUGGGGGGUGUUUUUAAAAGCAAAACUCAGACUGUGAACCUCUUCAGGUUGCGUGUUCCCAGCCGUAGGGAGUAGCCAGAGGAGGGUGUUCCAGGCACUUCCCAGAUUCACUAGGUGAAUUACUUAUUAUCAUAUUGAUAAGAUUGCCCACCCCACCCGUGUUGCUUGAGGUUCCCUCGCACCCCUUUUGCCCUCAGACCCCUCGUCCUGUACCUGGUGUGAGCUUGUGGAUUCAGGGGAAUCCCUCGUGGUUUGGCGCUGGAUCGGGAUGGAGGAGAGGUGCGGGUGCUUUGGAAGUGUUUGUGAGGUGUCUUCCUUCGCUGCCCACCUGUGCAGGUGUGCGGGGUGUGACAGGGUGGUGGCACCGUGCUGGAGCUGAGGCUCCCACACCUUCCCUUUGCCCUCUGAGGAAAGCAAACCUGAGGCUGUGCCAGGUAUUAUCCCUGCCCAUCUCAGGACAGAGGGCCCUGGCACAGGCUCAGCACCCCUGGCAGCGUUGUACCCUGGCUGGAUCGCUGUAAUCCCUGAAUUCCCGUAGUUCCCAGCUGGGUGAUGUUCUUCCUAAGCUCCCAACAGCUGUCACCGAGCCCGUGGCCUCUGGCACCACCAGGAUCCUCAUGGAUCAUCACCUGCACUCUUGGUGGCUUUUGUAGUCUGGCCAUUUGUCCCCUCAGCAUCCCCCGGCUCUUGACUUUGUCCUGCAUCCCCAAAACCUAAAUAUCAACUUCUGGAGGAGCAGGGAGCCUUUUUGGGAUCACCCUUCACCCAAAGGUGCCACACGGUCCUCGGGUGAUUCCCUCGAGGAGAGACUCGGCUUUGUCCCGUGUGGCAUCCUUUGUGGAUUGUCACCAAAAGUCACUUUUCCCACUGGGACAGAGCAGGGGCUGCGCUGGCUGGGACAGUCGUUCAUCACCUCACAGGCAUUCCCUGUGCUGCAGUUCCAGGACCAAAGGGGCAUUGGGGACAGUUUUUCCUUGCUUGAGAGAGCCGCAGCCCCAGGUGACAGACUCAGUGUGGAAAAUCUGAGUCCUUGCACUGGCACAGGUCCUCUCCCUCUCCCUCUCCCUCUCCCUCUCCCUCUCCCUCUCCCUCUCCCUCUCCCUCUCCCUCUCCCUCUCCCUCUCCCUCUCCCUCUCCCUCUCCCUCUCCCUCUCCCUCUCCCUCUCCUCUCCUCUCCAAACACUUCCUUGGAAAGCCCCAUGUUUCUGGCAGGGCACAGGGGGUUGGAAAAGCCUCCAUGGGGGAGGACAGGGUGAAGUGGUGGCUUUGUCCCCUCUGGGCUGUGCCUGGGAGGUCCCCAAGAGCUGGGAAGUGGCCGAGAGCAGAGCUUGGCACCCUCAGAGCCGGCAGGAUUCACCGUGGGCAUCGCAACUCUGCUGUCUUCUCGUCCCCAGCUUAUCCCUGUUUGAGAAAUCGGAGGUUUGGGGUUGGGCUGGGGGUGAGAAAUGAGGUUUCCCUGCCACCAAGGAGAGCUCCUGUUCCCCUGGGCAGGCUGGCACCUGCCAGCGGGAGAGGGAUGGGAACCCACCCAAACCCGGCUCCUGGUGGAUUUUCACCCGUGUCUCCUUGGCCUCACCAAGCUCAAGUUCCAUCUCAGUAUUUCAGUUAUAACUCAGGUGUUGUAGGGAGAGAAACAAAGAGCGUUAAGUUAAAUGUCACGCGAGUUGUACAGAUAUUUGUAAAAUCCCAUAAAUAAAAUAUAUUCUGUAAUGA